AUGGCAUAUCCAUAUCGUCCUCAUUUUUUUUUAAAAUGCCCAGAUUAUAUACCUCCUACUAGUGAGGAAGAUGCACAAAUCGAUCCUCGCGUGAAGCUGGAGCCUGCAUGUAAUGAAAAGUGCAAAAAGUACACGAAAUUGUACGAUGAGUGCGUCGAGAGAGUUACAGAGUACAACAAGCACAACGCUGGCUCGUUAAGCGGACCCGGUCAUUGUUUGGGUCAACAUUAUGAUGUGGUAGAAUGCGUGGAUAAAUGCCUCGCGAAAGAUUUGUUUCGGCAUCUAAAAUAG